CGCGCCGGGGCGGGCCGGGCGGAAGGCGGGUUUGAAUGCGCUGCGCCGGGCGGGCGCGGGAAGCGGGGCAGAGCGCGCGGACCUCUGCGCGGGAAGAGUCCGGACUGCAGGAGGAGCCCAUGGACAAGGCCUGCCUGCGCGGGAGCUAGGACCACCUCCCAGGGACUGCCCAGCCUCUGUCCCUUCUGCUGGCCAGCCCGGGCAUCUGAAUCUGCAGAGGCCUGAGGGGAAACAGGACACGGAGACAAGGCCUCUCGCACUGCCUCAGAGGGAGAGAGCACUCAGCCAGGCAAAACCAAGACUGCAGUCACCAUGACAACCAGUCACCAGCCUCAGGACAGGUACAAAGCCGUCUGGCUUGUCUUUUUCAUGCUGGGCCUGGGGACCCUGCUCCCCUGGAAUUUCUUCAUGACAGCCACUCUGUAUUUCACAAACCGCCUGGGCCAGGCCCAGAACACGUCCUUGGCCGCUGCCGACCUGAGCAGGGACAGCCAGGUGCCAGCCACGCCUGCAGUACCCCCUUCAGAUCGGAGUUACCUGAGUUCCAUCUUCAACAACGUCAUGACCUUGUGUGCCAUGCUCCCCCUGCUGAUCUUCACCUGCCUCAACUCCUUCCUGCAUCAGCGGAUCCCCCAGUCCGUGCGGAUCCUGGGCAGCCUGGUGGCCAUCCUGCUGGUGUUCCUGGUCACGGCCAUCCUGGUGAGGGUGCACCUGGACGCCCUGCCCUUCUUCAUCAUCACCAUGGUCAAGAUCAUGCUCAUUAAUUCAUUCGGUGCCAUCCUGCAGGGCAGCCUGUUUGGUCUGGCCGGCCUCCUGCCCGCCCACUACACGGCCCCCAUCAUGAGUGGCCAGGGCCUGGCAGGCAUCUUCGCCUCCAUGGCCAUGAUCUGCGCCAUCGCCAGUGGCUCAGAGCUGUCAGAAAGUGCCUUCGGCUAUUUCAUCACAGCCUGCGGGGUCAUCAUUUUGACCAUCAUUUGUUACCUGGGACUGCCCCGGCUGGAAUUCUACCGCUACUACCAGCAGCUCAAGCUCGAAGGGCCUGGGGAGCAGGAGACCAAGCUGGACCUCAUUAGUAAAGGAGAGGCGUCAAGAGCAGGCAAAGAGGAAUUUGGAGUUUCAGCCCCCAAAUCUCAGCCCAACAACAAAAGCUCAGUCCGGGCCAUCCUCAGAAAUAUUUUGGUCCCAGCUCUCUCCGUCUGCUUCAUCUUCACGGUCACCAUCGGGCUGUUUCCCGCUGUUACCUCUGAUGUCAAGUCCAGCAUUGCAGGCGAUAGCGCCUGGGGACACUACUUCAUCCCUGUGUCCUGCUUCCUGACUUUCAAUGUCUUCGACUGGCUGGGCCGGAGCCUCACAACCAUAACCAUGUGGCCUGGGAAGGACAGCCGCUGGCUGCCCAGCCUGGUGCUGGCCCGGCUGGUGUUCGUGCCGCUGCUGCUGCUGUGCAACGUCCACCCCCGCCAGUACCCGAUCGUAGUCUUCAAGCACGACGCGUGGUUCAUCUUCUUCAUGGCCGCCUUCGCCUUCUCCAACGGCUACCUCGCCAGCCUCUGCAUGUGCUUCGGGCCCAAGAAAGUGGAGCCGGCGGAGGCGGAGACCGCGGGGGCCAUCAUGGCCUUCUUCCUGUCUCUGGGCCUGGCGCUCGGGGCUGUGUUCGCCUUCCUGUUCCGGGCCAUUGUGUGACCCCGGAUGCACAGAGGACUGCGCUGGCCGCCUGCUCCUGCCCCUUCCUUCCCGGUCCUUCAGGGACGGACGGGGGCGAGCUGGAGGUCUUCUCUCCUAGCUGAAUUCUGCUUUCUCACGGCCUGUGCUGGGCCCGGCGUCCAGGCCUGAGGAAGGAGCCUCUGGGCGGACAGUUGGACAGAGGGACGUUGUGGGCAUUGCGGGUCAGCGUCGAGGGAGGGGACACAGUCCCCCCCCCAAUCCGGCUGAUUCCCACUUGAGCAGAGAGAAGAGUCUCCUAGGCUCAGAGAGUGUGUGUGUGUGUGUCUAUGUGUCUGUAUGUUUGUCUGUCUGUACCAGGGCUGGCUAGGGGCCAGGGCUGUCUGUUCUUAGGUCCAGUCUGAUAUUGUACCCCUCCCUUCUCCCUGCACCUCCUCCCCCAGCCUCCCUGUCCCUUCCCUGGCCCCCCUCCCCUGCCUGCCUUGUGUCUAACUAUCAUGUAUCCUGUACAGAUGCUAUUUUACUGCCUUUUUUAUACUCAACAGAAACCAGGUGCCGUCACAGGCUCUCUGAUUAAAUAAACCAUUGUGUGUUUUUUCCCCCGUG